CUCACUCUGUCACUAGGGACAAUGUGGGCUCCUGCAUACCAACCAACACUAGAUAUGAGUCAGGAAGAGGAGUAAAAUUAUUCUAAUGAAAAUAACCAGCUGGUGUUCUUCAGGUGUCAUCAAAUACCAGACGCAGCACACCUAAGGGCACCUUUUUGCUUCCACACCGGUUUGUCUUUUCUGCUGUUGUCAUUUCCUCUGUAACCCACCACCAUGUCAAGUGGAGCGUCAGGCUGGGUAAGCACCCUUACCCUCAGCAUAAAGCAGCUGGCUGGCAUAAAACGCCUGUCCCACUCCUUGCCCUCCCUGCCAUCGCCCCUGCCCACGCUCAUUGCCUCGGACGUUCCCAUCCUGUUUCGUGAGCCCUACAUCCUGUCGGGCUACCGGCCGGUGGGCCAGCCAUGGUGCUGCUACGUGCUAAGCCUCUUCCAGCAGCAUAACGAGUCCCUGAAUGUGUGGACACACCUGUUGGCGGCCCUUGCCGUGCUGUUGCGCUUCUGGUUCUUCGCCGCCUCCAGUGACUUGAAUCCAGAUGCCUCCUCACUACCUCUUUGCCUCUACAUCUUGUCAGCCCUGAUCUACCUCAGCUUCAGUGCUGCCGCCCACUUGCUGCAAUCACACUCUGAGCUAGCACACUACUCCUUCUUCUUCCUGGACUAUGUGGGCGUGGCCACAUACCAAUAUGGCUGUGCACUGGCCCACUACUUCUACUCCUCCGAGGAGCCAUGGAGGCAGAGCCUUGUGGGGGUGCUGUUCUUGCCUGGAGCAGCUUUGCUAGGCUGGUUAUCGUGCACUAGCUGCUGUUUUGCAAAGCUACACUACCGCCGGCCCUACCCAUUUCGUAGGAAGCUCUUCCAGAUGGUGCCCACCAGCCUGGCCUACUUGUUGGUCAUCAGUCCAGUGGCCUACCGACUGGCCACCAGGGCCUGGGAUGAGACAGAGCUGGUGCUGCACGCAUUGCAGAUGGUCUUUUUCAUGAAAGCUGCUUUCUUCUUCUCCUGCCCAGUGCCUGAGCUCUUCUGUCCGGGAAGGUGUGAUAUUGUAGGCCACGGCCACCAAAUUUUCCACCUCUUCCUGGUUAUGUGCACCAUGUGCCAGAUGGAAGCGGUGUGCACGGACUUCCUGACACAGCAGCGCUUCGUGGUGCAAGUGCAUGGGGAGUGGACCAUCUUGCUAGCUGGAGGUUCUUUUGUUGUCCUGGUGCUUUGCAGUAUUCUAACAGCAGGCCUAAUGCGAAGGAGAGCCCAAAGGCAGCUACAGAAGCAGGAAUGAAGAAAGAGACUGACAUAUGGUUGUGGAAAUUCCACAAUUUUGCUCUGUUCCAGCACUAAGCACACUUCCACUAAGUUUUCAGCAUUUUUGAUUGGUUAAUUCAGGUGUGUUAAGAGCUGAAAUAUAGCAAAAAUGUGUUCCAACUAGAACAAAGGUCUGCAGUUUACCCAUGUUUUAUAGCCACUGGCGGUAAACUGAACUUUUGAUAAAAGUGAUUGGCCACCUAGUGUCAUACCUACCCCUGACUGCAAAAAGCCUUCAUGGUAGCUGCUACCUCUGUUUUUAGUUAUGCUACAUACUUUAGUGUGGGCACAGUGGGCAGCGCUGUUGCUUUACAGCAAGAAGGGCCUGGGUUCGAUUCCCCGGUGGGGUGACCAGGGUACUUUCUAUGUGGAGUUUGCAUGUUUCCACCCAAGGCAUUCAGUCAGGCUAACUGGACAUGCUAAAAAGGCGUGGGUGUAGAUGGAUAUGUCUGUC